AUGGAUAGGCUUCCAUCCGCCACGCUUCUUCCGGAUGGCUUUAUAGGGGGCAGAGAUGAUAUGACGGAGCAAUUUAGCAUGGUCUGGGCUCAGAUCAAAGCACCAUUGAUCGUCCCGCUCCUUAAACUCGCUGUCAUGGUUUGCUUGAUCAUGUCUGUAAUGUUGUUUAUUGAGAGGGUGUACAUGGGCGUAGUGAUUUUGCUGGUGAAGCUGUUUGCGAGAAAGCCCGAAAAGCGCUACAAAUGGGAGCCUAUAAAAGAUGAUUUGGAGUUGGGCAAUUCAGCUUACCCUGUGGUUCUUGUUCAAAUCCCAAUGUACAAUGAAAAAGAGGUGUAUCAGCUCUCCAUAGGAGCUGCAUGCGGCCUUUCUUGGCCAUCCGAUCGUAUUAUAAUUCAAGUCCUCGACGAUUCAACAGAUCCCAUUAUCAAGGCAUUGGUGGAAACUGAAUGCCAGAGAUGGGCAAGCAAAGGGGUUAAUAUUAAGUACGAGAUUAGAGACAACAGGAAUGGUUACAAAGCUGGAGCAUUAAAGGAAGGCCUGAACCAUGCCUACGUUAAGCAAUGUGAUUAUGUAGCCAUUUUCGACGCAGAUUUUCAACCUGAGCCUGAUUUCCUCUGGCGAACCAUCCCUUUCCUGGUUCACAAUCCACAACUCGCCCUCGUUCAGGCUCGUUGGAAAUUCGUGAAUGCGGAUGAAUGCUUGAUGACAAGAAUGCAGGAAAUGUCGCUGGACUAUCAUUUCACGGUGGAGCAAGAAGUGGGAUCCUCCACCUACGCUUUCUUCGGCUUCAAUGGAACUGCUGGUGUGUGGAGAUUGGCUGCAAUUGAUGAGGCUGGAGGCUGGAAGGACCGCACAACAGUCGAGGAUAUGGACUUGGCUGUCCGAGCUAGUCUCCGGGGCUGGAAGUUUGUAUACCUUGGUUCUCUGGUGGUAAAGAAUGAAUUGCCAAGUACUUUUAAGGCGUAUCGUUAUCAACAGCACCGUUGGUCAUGUGGCCCUGCCAAUCUUUUUAGAAAAAUGGUCAUGGAAAUUAUAAGAAACAAGAAAGUCACUUUGUGGAAGAAGGUUCAUGUGAUUUACAGCUUUUUCUUGGUUAGAAAGAUCAUAGCCCACCUCAUCACAUUUGUGUUCUACUGUGUACUUUUGCCGAGCACUGUACUAGUACCUGAAGUUCAGGUCCCGAAGUGGGGAGCGGUCUAUAUUCCUUGUGUCAUUACCCUACUCAAUGCAGUUGGAACUCCAAGAUCACUCCACUUGAUGGUUUUCUGGAUUCUAUUUGAGAAUGUCAUGUCUCUCCAUCGGACAAAAGCAACCUUCGUUGGCUUGUUGGAGUCUAGUAGAGUGAAUGAAUGGGUCGUCACUGAGAAACUUGGGGAUGCUCUCAAGAACAAGUCAGCCGUAAAAGCAAUCAGAAAACCUCGAUUUAGGUUUGGAGAGAGACUUCAUCUGCUAGAACUUGGGACUGGCGCUUACCUAUUCUUCUGCGGCUGUUACGAUGUUGCAUUUGGUAAAAACCACUAUUACCUAUAUCUCUUCACGCAAGCAAUCGCCUUCUUCAUUGCGGGAUUUGGCUAUAUUGGAACUUUUGUUCCCAACUCAUAAUGCCAUUCCGGAACUGGAAGUGAUUCCUUCCAAGUACAUUUACCUUCCGAGUAUAUUGGUCGCCCUGGUUUUUUGUUGCGUCUCUGCUGCAGCACUUAGUAGAAGUGGCGUUCUCAGCAACCUCUCCUUGCAACUUUCACUUCACAUUUUAGAGUAUUUGCCCUUUAAUUUUUUUUAUUUUUUAUUUUUUUAUGUUUCCUUUAUUAUUUUUCCAGUUGCCUUUACUUGUAAAAAGAACAAAGAUGGUCAUUCUUUUAGGUUAGGCAUAAGCAUUCGAGUAAUACCUCGAAUCAUUUGUUCUUGUGUAUAGAACAGAAGUCCAGGGUUUUACUACAGAACAAAAUGAUUUUGCAAAUGCUUCGCACUCAAAAGCGAAAAAAAAAAAAAAAGAAGAAUCUGCUGAAGUAAAGAACAUUGCUUGUUCCAAAUCCAAGCAGACGGGGAAAAUUUUUUUUUUGUUU